AUGUCGCUGAUUGGUGAGAAUGGAUUGGCAGCACCACGUCUGAAAAACAUCGAUUGGGAUUUUUCAACUGUGGAAGAGAGAAAAGAUAUUUUCUCACAAGUCAUCGAUGUAAAGAUUGUAAACUUGUGCAUGAUCUACCGAGUUAAAACUGUUUUAUACGAAGAAAGGUGGAACAAUUUUCCUGAAGAGAACCGAGCCCACCAGAUGAAGAAAUCCAUGCCAGCCGAUUUCGAAUGGUCUGCGUAUAAUGCUGAAGAGGGAACACUGGCAAUCCCUGCCACGGGAUACACUGAAAAAAGAUGGAACGACGACAAGCAAAGUUUAAAGAGAAAAUUGUGCCCUCAAAUAACGGUAGGAUACGGUAGAGACCUGGCUGCAGUUGAACGUAAAGCAAAGGAAUCUGUCUGUGAGUCCGAUGGGUGGUCAUCCACCCAUCUUUUUCACUUUUCAUCGAUUUACCCAAGGUUGAAGAGCAUUUGA